ACACAGGGUGACUCGAUGAAGAUUUACUUACUUUUGAAGGAAUCUUCCUGUGUGCACUUCAAUUAACCAAUCAAUCAAUCAAUAAGUCUUUUGUAUAUAGCACUUUUCAUUCACAACUAUGUAGCACAAAGUGCUUUACACAGAAAAAGGAAUAAAAGAAACAAAGAAAACCCAAAUCUACCCCAGCACAAUCCCUCAUUCCCAUCCCACGAUCUAAAUGCCACAGAAACAGGAUUAAAAUGCUAUAACUUGAAAAAGGUUUGUUUUCGUGGAAACAAGAAAGUGCGCACUGAGGAAAAGCAUUUUAAAACUGAAGGUAAGGAAACACUGGAGGUUUAAAAUCUAAAAACAAAGUAACAUAAAAUGAAAUUUAAGAGAUAAUGAAUAAAAUGAAAUAAAAACAACAGUAAAAGAUACUAAAAUAAGAGCACCAAAAUAGCCCAAUGAAAGAUGAUCAUGUCAUUAAAACUAGAAAGAGAUAAAUGUUAAAACACUUCAAGGUAAUGAUAUAAAAUGUAGUUCUUCUUUAGAACUUCCCGAAGACCUGAGGACUUUAACUGACUCAUGUGAUAAAUAAGAUGGCCCAAAGACAUUAAGAGCUUUAAAAACCAAUAAAACAACAUUAAAAUCUAUUUUAAAAGAGACGGGGAGCCAAUGCAGAGACCUUAAAAUCUGUGUAAUGUGAUCUCUCUUUCUGGUCAAGUGAUAAUAAAAUGAAUUAAUUAACACUAAACUACAGUUUUUGGUAUUUCCACAUUGACAUUGUCUUUCUCUUUGUGCUAAAAGUUUUUGUGUUUAUUUACCACUUUAAUAGUCUUUUUCUGGGAUGGUGUUCGGGCUUUUAUUGUGAAAAUAACAAACGGAAGUUACCGCCGUUUAUGACUGCGGUUGUCUUGACGGAUGUUGCGUCACUGCUGCUUUAAAGCAGACAGGGUCGAGUCGAUCGGAGUAGAGCCAGGCCACGAACUACGGUCCAAAUGGUCCUUUUCAGAACCUGAAACCCGGAACAGAACCAGGAUUACGACCCGGGACUAACUCUCGAGUUUAGACAGCGAUCCAAACUGGACACGUCGGAGCGGAAGCCGGAUUAUUGACGGAUUCUCGGGCCGUUCAGACGGGAGUAAGGACGCGUCAGUAACCGGGUAGGUCUCCUCCUCCUCCUCUCUGGGUAAAAUUCCCUUUUUCGACUGUUUUCUACCGAAGGAGACGGCGGGUCUGCUCCGGUGGUUCCCCGGUGUUGACGGUGCUCGAUCCCCGGGCUACAGGCCUGCUGCAGCCCGGCUCUACCCCUCCGUCGUCCGGCUUGUUUUCAUCAGGAGGGAGCGGCUCCUCCUGCUCCUCCUCCUGCUGCUCCUGCCGCAUGUGAGCUCCAUUAUUGUCCCUCUGAACCGGCCUCUGGAUCCAGCUGAUAAUCUGCCUCAGUGGUAAUUAUGUAAUGAUGCUGUAAUUUCAGUCCCAGUGUUUAACGGCGACACUCCUGAGAGUAACACAGUUCAGCACUUUUCUGUCGCAUUAUUCCUCUAAUAUGAACUCAUAUUUACUCAGGACACAAUCAAACAAUCCAAACCCUUAACCUUUGACCCUUUAACCAGAAACCUCCAACAGAACCAGACUGACUGAACAACAGACCUGUAUCAGGACUGUAGAAAGAGAGAGAUGGUGGGGGGGCUUCAAUCUUCUAAUUUCUAAUCGAACAAAGACAAGUGGCUCUAAAAACCACAUAAGUUAUGAAAGAAAAAGAGACAGGAGUCCCAUCAGUCUGAGCGGGUCAGAGACCCAAAUAUUGACCAGACUCUGAUACAGAACACAUUAAUUAAAGGGAUAUUCCGGCGAAUAAUUAAUUCAAACAAACCUGAACACCGAGUUAGACACCCCCUCCAGAGAUGAAUGUUACCGACCGCUUGCUUCUCUAGUUAUACCAACUUUAGUAACGACCGCAGGAUAGCAAUACACAGCGGUCUGAGGAGCCAUAAACAAAUCUCAACCAAAACGCCACUCUAUAGCCACAAAUAAUGCUCAGGACAGCACCUAAUUUCAUCAACAGUACAUAUAGGGUCCCAGCCAUAAUACUAGCCACCAAACUUCUUUUUAACUUUGACUCAUUUCUUUAACAAAGAGACUAAACACAACUCACCUACUCUCUUCCAGCAGCUGCUUGUUGAAAGGGAGACCUCAGACUCCAUUACGGACUACAGCGGGGUGACGCAGCUCAAGGAAGAAAAUUUACGAUCAUUUCUUUAUCAUUUCCUUGAAGUAAUAAUCACCAUAUUAAUCAUUUUGCACUGCAGACGCGGUAGUUCUUCUGUCUUAGUGUCUCGGUCUGAUUGUAUUUCAAUGAAGAGAUGAUGAACUAACAAGCACAGAAAUCGUGUCGUAGCUACUGUGCACAGUCAGGGCAGAACUAGAGCCCAGGACCGGUCCGAGUCUGAGCUGGUUUUGACUUUAAACUGGAGCACAAAGAACCGCAUUAACUCUGCUGAAGGAGGUGAUUCUAAGGGUCAGGACAGAAUAUGAAAACCAUGUGAGAUACAGUUGAUCCCUUUUUCUGGACCCAUAUUCAAAACAAGGUUUCUGAGAGUACUGCAGAUCCCCUAACAGAGAUCCUCCAAAGACUCAAAAUUUCUUAAGUUGUUCUGUUGUUUUGGUGAGAAGGACUUUAGUGUCUCCGUCCAGACUCAGAAUCCAAAAACAAACUGAGGACGUUUGUGACUCUUUAAUGCUGGAAUCAAACCUCUCCCAGUUUGUGUGAGACCUAGACUGAGAACCACUGAAUCACUGCAGGAACCUCUGAAGGUCCUGGACAAAAAAACAGGACAGUCUCAUGAUCUCACCUGAGAUUCGGCCGACAGUUCAAAAAUAAAUAAAAGGUGUAAGGUCCCUUUUAAUCAAUAUAUCAGAUUCAUUUAUAAUAAAUAGCUGACUGUGUGUGUGUGUGUGUGUUCAGCUGUCAUGUUGCAUGUUGUGAUGAUAAACUUCACACUUUGCCCUGAACUGCACACGUCACACACCGAUGAUGUGUUCACUGACACUCUGUUCAAAUCACUUCGCAUUUCUUCUUAUCUAUUAUUAUCUUAUAAUUAUUAUUAUAUAAUUAUAUUUAUUAUUAGUAGAAGAUGAAGUAGUAGUACUAACAUUAUUAUUGUUAUUGUUAUAAUUAUAGUUAUAAUAUUAAUAAUAAUGAUAAUAACAACAAUGUUAAUAAUAAUAAAAUAUUAUUAGUAGUAGUAGUACUAGUAGUAGUAGUGGUAUCAUUAUUAUUAUUAUUAUUAUUAUUAUUGUUUUAAAUUUAUUUUCAUUAUUAUCAUUAAGAACAAGAAUAAGAACUUUGUAGUACAACUGAUAAUAAUAAUUAUUAAUAUUGUUGUUUUUAUUAUUUUUUAUAAUAGUAAUAAUAAUGAUAAUUAUUAUUAUUAUUAUUAUUAUUAUAUUGUUACUACCAUACUUAUAAUAACAAUAAUAAUAAUUAUUAAUAUUUUUAUUUUUAUUAUUUUUUAUAAUAGUAAUAAUAAUGAUAAUUCUUAUUAUUAUUAUUGUUAUUAUUGUAUUGAUACUACUACUACUUAUAAUGAUAAUAAUAAUAAUUAUUAAUAUUGUUAUUUUAUUAUUUUUUAUAAUAGUAAUAAUAAUGAUAAUUCUUCUUAUUAUUAUUGUUAUUAUUAUGUUGAUAUUACUACUUCUUUUAAUAAUAAUAAUAUUGUCAUUAUUAUUAUUAUUAUUAUGAUUAUUAUUAUUCAUUUCUCUUUGAUGGUGCUCAGUGGAUCUCAACAGCCCUGUAUUUUGAUUGAUCCUCUCCAGUCUGAAGAAUUGUGUUUAUUUAAUGGUUUCCUAUCAAAACUUCUUUAUUAAACGUGUGGAGGUUAUCUUCACCUCCUCACAUAAAGACCUUCAGAAAAUCCUUUUGCACUGACUGCAGCUGUUAGCUUAGCCUCAUGCUAACGCUAACGUUUACAAGGUAAAGUUAUAAACCCGUAAAUCUGAACACACAUGGAGGCUCCAACACGAUACCGGGCCAUACAGGAUAAAACUGAUAAACCAGUCACAUGACCGUUCGCUUAGCUUAGCGUCAUCAGACAUUAACAAGGAACCGGAGACAAUGAUGACGUUGAUACAGGUGUGCUCAGGUAGACGGGGCAGGAACAAACACAUAGUUUCAACUUUCAGAGACUUUCUAUCAGCUCUGAAAUCUGAGCCUGUGUGUGUGUGUGUGUGUGUGUGUGUGUGUGUGUGUGUGUGUGUGUGUGUGUGUGUGUGUGUGUGUGUGUGUGUGUGUGUGUGUGUGUGUGUGUGCAUGAUGAUGACAUGCUGUGUGUAUUCUCAGAUUUAUGGAGCAGAUUUUCUCCCCUGACGCCUCAGUGGUGAUUUAUCAGCUGAUUUUCUGCAGAUGUUGCUGAGGCGGUAAAACUCUCUCGCUCUCUGUGGCGUUCAAAAACUCGCCGAGGUUCAAACUUCCUCCUCUGCGACUUUUGCGCAGAAACACAACCAAACAUCACGAGUAAGGUCAGGGGUCAUCUUAUAUCAGCAGGCGAAGAACCUGCUGGUCUGACAGGAGAUUUCAAUAUUUCAUCAGACUAAUUAAUCCGCGGCACAGAGGGGGUGGGGCUUUGAGACACCAUCUGAGGAUGGACUGGUGUCUCUGGGAACAAAAGGACUCUUCUGGUCCAGACCUUCUUCUCUGGUUCCUGCAUGUUGACAGUCAGCAGAUCCUGAAGUGAGUGUGUGUUUAGAUCCGGAACCAGAGACUGUGGAAACCCCCCCACACACCCUGUGUGUGUGUGUGUGUGUGUGUGUGUGUGUGUGUGUGUGUGUGUGUGUGUGUGUGUGUGUGUGUGUGUGUGUGUGUGUGUGUGUGGGAGGGAGAAGAGUGAAGUUGUCCUCCGCCCACGCUUCACAUCUGGUAACCAUCACACACUCACACACAGAAUCCCCUGAGUGAUGACAUCACCCUCUGUUGUCCUGUAUUAACCAAUCAGGAGUGAUUUUAGCUGAAUGAGCAGAAUCAGGUUUGUUAAUGAAGUUUAAGGAUGAUGGAGGAUCUGUUGACAUCACUGAUUGUGUCGUUUCUCUGAUGUAGGGCUGGGCAAUAUAGAAAAAGUUUAUCACAAUAAUUUUUUUUCAUAUCAGGCGAUAUUGAUAUCACGACUUAACGAGAACAUGUACUUGACAUAAUUUUCAAGAACACAUUACUCUGCUUCAUUUUCGACCUCAAAUAAACAAAAUACCUCCACACCACUGACGUUUUCAUGCCUGUUUUGUCAACAAUGUCAUCAUCUGUUGAGUCUUCGUCAUUUCUGUCGGGCGUAGCCUCCCCCUUUUUUUUUUUUCUCACCAACAGUGCUGUCAGCUUCACCUGUUAAAGGGCUAAAGUGGGUGUAGCUGCUGUCUGCUAGUACACGGUUGUUUGUUCUUGGUUCUAAUUCAGCACAUGAUUGGUUCAGAGCGCAGCCGACCCGGAGUAACUCCCCUUUUCAUUGGCUAUUCAUAUCGUUUUAUCCCCUAGCUCUACUCUGAUGUCACUGAUUGUGUCUUUAAUCUAAAGUCACUGAUUGUGUCUUUACUCUAAAGUCAAUGAUUGUGUCUUUACUCUAAUGUCACUAAUUGUGUCUUUAAUCCAAAGUCACUGAUCAUGUCUUGACUCUGACGUCAUUGUGUCUGAUUGUGUCUUGAACGGCACUGAUCAUGUCUUUACUCUCUCUGACGUCACUGAUUGUGUCUUAACUCUGGUGUCACUGAUCGUGUCUUUACUCUGACGUCACUGAUUGUGUCUUUACUCUGACGUCACUGAUUGUGUCUUGAACAUCACUGAUUGUGUCUUUACUCUCUCUGACGUCACUGAUUGUGUCUUUACUCUGGUGUCACUGAUCGUGUCUUUACUCUGACGUCACUGAUUGUGUCUUUACUCUGACGUCACUGAUUGUGUCUUGAACAUCACUGAUUGUGUCUUUACUCUCUCUGACGUCACUGAUUGUGUCUUUACUCUCUCUGACGUCACUGAUUGUGUCUUAACUCUGGUGUCACUGAUCAUGUCUUUACUCUGACGUCACUGAUUGUGUCUUGAACGGCACUGAUCAUGUCUUUACUCUCUCUGACGUCACUGAUUGUGUCUUAACUCUGGUGUCACUGAUCGUGUCUUUACUCUGACGUCACUGAUUGUGUCUUUACUCUGACGUCACUGAUUGUGUCUUGAACAUCACUGAUUGUGUCUUUACUCUCUCUGACGUCACUGAUUGUCUUUAACUUCACUGAUUGUGUCUUAACUCUCUCUUAAGUCACUGAUUGUGUCUUAAGUCACUGAUUGUGUCUUUAACGUCACUGAUUGUGUCUUUACUCUCUCUGACUGCACUGAUUGUGUCUUUAGCGUCACUGAUUGUGUCUUUACUCUCUCUGACGUCACUGAUUGUGUCUUUACUCUCUCUGAUGUCAUUGAUUUUGUCUUUACUCUCUCUGAUGUCACUGAUUGUGUCUUUACUCUCUCUGAUGUCACUGAUUGUGGCUUUACUCUGAAGUCACUGAUUGUGUCUUUACUCUGGCGUCACCAAUUGUGUCUUUACUCUGGCGUCACUGAUUGUGUCUUUACUCUGGCGUCACUGAUUGUGUCUUUACUCUGAUGUCACUGAUUGUGUCUUUGUUUACUCCGAUGUCACUGAUUGGGUCUUUUCUCUGACAUCACUGAUGGUGUCUUCGUUUACUCUGACUUUACUGAUUGUGACUUUACUCUGAAGUCACUGAUUGUGUCUUUACUCUGGGGUCUUCGCGGCCUUCUGUAAAACUGCAUUUCUAUUAGCAGCAGAGUGUAAAUGCAGCAAAUCAUGGAAGCUUCAGCAGAGGUCAGAGGUCAAACCAUGGAGUGUGUGAGGAAGAGAAGGGGAGCGGGGAGUUAGAAUAGAAACACAAACACAUGCUCCUCCUCCUCUCCUUCUUUGUGCUGCAGACACACAGAUGAUGAUGAUGAUGAUGACGACGACGAUGAUGAUGAUGAUGAUGGUUGUGUGCGUCACCAAUGAUGAUGACACUCUCAGUUGUGAUUUCCUGCGAGGGAUUCCUCUUUGUCAGACUCCUUAUUUGUGUGUCGGCGGCUGUAAUUACUGCCUCUCUCCGUUUGUUCGUCACGCUGAAUAGUCGGCAUGUUUGAUGAAGCGCGUUUAGUUGGAGCCGGAAGUGAUUUCAGCCAAUGAACAUCCAGAGUGAAAAUCUCUGAAGAUGGAGGGUCAUCAGUGUUUGAUUCUGUCGACGAAGGAAGAGACGCCAGAUUGACUCUACUUACUGUUCAGCUGUGAUGAUGACAGGCAGGAAAGCAUUACAUAACACACACACACACACACACACACACAUAUACACACACACACACACACACACACACACACACACACACACACACACACACACAUACACACACAAACACACAUUCCUGACAUAUCUGAGCGUCUCGCUAACUUGUUAACCGUUUAAAGGAGCAGUUCAACAUUUAAUGUGCCAUCUGUGAGGAGGAGGAGGUGGUGAAAACGUGGAUAUUAUUCACAUUUUCUGACAGUAGAGAGCGCUGUCACUGUUGACUGCUCUUGUUGGACAUUUUUACUCGCGUUGGGAGAGAAAAAUCGAUUCAUAUAAGUAUCGUGAUUUUUGUUUUACAAUUUUUAAAUCGAUUUUUAUGUUCAAAAAACUUUUUUUUUUCAAAUUUAAGAAUAAAUCUUAAAAACGGACUUACAAGUGAUGUGUAAUUUUGGGGGGGAAAUGUGGUUCCUGGAAUAAUCACUAGACAAUCAUAAUCAUUCAACUGUUUCACUAUCGUACAAUCGCAAUCCAAAAAAUCAUAGAAGAAUCAAAUCAGGAGAGCAGCAGAUCGUCUCAGGCCUAGUUUUGAUGUCUUUUCUUGUCCGUCACACGUAGACGGUACCUGGGCGGUCAAACAGAGUCGAUGUAACUGAACUUCCCACCGGCCCAGCAGAGGGCGCCGCCCCUUUAAAGUGACGUAAUCUCUUUUUAAUCGAUCUUUUGUUUUCUCCCCGUAGAACUGAUCCUCCAUGAUGGCUGACGCAGAGGUCUCCCUGUCCCCGGCUCUGCGGCCUCUCCACAUUAGCCCUUCCCACUCGGUCCCGCCCCCUCCGCUGGCCUCCUCCUCACCCACCACCUUCUCCUGCCCCUCGUCCCCCUCUAGCGCCUCCUCGUCCUCCUCUUCUUCAUUGUCCUCAUCUUGUUCUGAGAGCUCCUCUGAUUGCCCCGCCCACCACCACAACAAUCAUCAUCAUCAUCACCAUCACCACCACCAUCCUCGCCCUCAGCUGCAGCUGCCUCCGCCCCCGCCCCCCCAGAGCGAGCAGCCCUCCUCGCCGAGCGCCAGCCCCCGCAGCUCCAGCCCGAGCGGGAGCAUCGGCAGCACCAGCAGUAUUGGCAGCAGCAGCAGCGCCAGCGAGGGCAUCGGGAGCAGUGGGACAUCAUGUGGCGGCGACCCGCGAGGCCCAAGCCCGCCACUGGAUGUCAUCUCAGAGGACGCCAUGGAGAUGGACCUGGGGGUGGACCAAGGUAAGGAGAUUAUAGAUGGAUCAGGACCUUUCAGAAACCAGUCUCAGACCAUUGGCCGUGGUCAAACAGAGGUCAGGUUCUUCAGGAAAUUCACCAGUUCUUAUCCAGAACCAGAUAACGGGUUAAAGUUCUCGUUUGUUCCUGGUCGUCAUCGCUGAUGAGUGACUUCAGAAGUUAAAGCUUUAAAGCUUUCAACUGUGGGUGGUCCUCGCCGAGUUUACACUAGAUCAGUUCUCUUCAGGUCGACUAACUUAAUAAUUCCUCCACUAGUGUUGGACGGUAUGAACAAAAUCUUAUAUCACAGUAUGAGUAUCACUGUAUGUUUUUUCUCUGUAAAUUCAAUUAAUGUCUUCAAAAUAACCAAACUGUCACAUUUGUUCGUUUUAAACUGAUUUGUAAACAAAUACAAACAAAAUGUCAGACCAGUCUGGUGAUUUUGACGAAAGACUCUGCCAGGCUCUUUAGUAUGAGAGGAGCUGCUGCAGCUUUAGUUUUUAGUGCAGCAGGUGCGUCGUGCAUCUUUUGGCUCUCAUAAUAGAGCUUUGCGUGUUUCAUGUUUAGAUGGUGGAAGAGGUUGUUGGUGUUUCCACCUCCAGCAACGACAGCCACACGACACUCUUUGUACAGUUGUGUUUUUUGAUCAUUGUCGGAUUUUCUAAAUCCUAAGAAUCUCCAGACAUCCGAUGUCGCGACCCGCGCCCUUUUUCAGAAUUUCCUCCUCCUCUUCCUCGUGUUGGGGGGGUCGGGCUGCCUUCGUUUGCUCGGUACUGCCGCUAAUCUCUGCGUCUGCCAUGACCACCACCAGUGAAGAACAGUUCUUUUGACUGUACUGAAUCUUUAGAAUCCAUUCAUUAAAAUGAUUAGUUCAAAAGAUUCGUUCACUGAAUCGGUCUGUUUCGAAGCCCCUCCUUUCCCCUCCCCCUCCCACAGCGUCGUUCACUGGGUGACACAUGUCGUUCAUUUGCUAAGUCCUGAAGGAAGAAUUACUCCCCUGCCCUGACAAACUCACCUCUCUGUGUGUCGCUGUCCGUCGGAGGAAACAACACAGCAAGGAAAAGUUUAUACACGUGUAUUAAUGUAAAGGCGCUAUAAUGACCUGUUUUAUCUUAGCAUCAGUCAACCAACCGCUGCUCGGCAGGAAUUGAAUGAUGCUACACCCCUCCCUCCUCUGCCUGCAUCAAGUCGUUUGUUUCCUUCACAGUGUGACUGAUGCAUGUCGUUCAUUCGCCUGCUCACUCGCUCGCUGGCUGGCUGUGUGUCGUUCACCAAAGAGUCAAAGGCGGCAGUUCCACUUCAGACCGGCAUGUGAAGCUGAGCUCAACUGAACUAAGAAAGGAACCUCUCAGGUCUCGGAGUGAUUCAGUUCACGUCUCACAGGGAUUUUUGCUGUUACUCCCACUCUCUCGCUGCUCAAGGAGCUAUGCUGUUACUUUCACAUUAUGUUACCCGCGCUACUCAUUAUAUAGACCAUGUGUAAGCUUGAACGUUACCUUUCACAUUAAGGGAAGAGGGUGCGACGGGAUUUGAUGCGCUCGUUGCUGACUCAAAACAAGUAGAAAAUAACGCCGUGUGUUGUUGUGCUGACACAGUGCGAGAAGAAAUCAUUAGUGGCGCAUUGAUAUGAAUGAGUGAAAUGUGACAUUUCCGUAGUGAUGCACCACCAUUGCUGAAUGAAUGUAUGGGAAGAAUGCUGGCUUGGUUUGUUCAUCCAAAACCUUCAGAGAUCCGGAGUCCUGAAUCUGCUGGAGGAGACCAGCUCAGCUGACCUCUCCUUGCUUUGUGUUUCCAGUGAUUGACCCGGAAGUGGCUCUGAAGGCCUGCCAGGAAGUCCUCCUGAAGGUCAAGCUGCAGAACAGAGAAGUGCCUGAACAGCAACAACCAGAACCGGACAAGCAGCAGCAGAACCAUCCCAACACAGACCUCACGGAGAGCUCCGGUCCUCAGUGGCACAUCAGCCCAGACACCAGCUCCAUCAAAGAGGAAGACGAGGGUGAAGAGGAGGAGGAGGAAGAAGGAGGACGACCAGGGAAGGAUGCAGAAAAACAAGCUGCCCCCCAGCAGGAACCAGCAGCUCGACCCGAGUCUCUAUCGUUACCGUCAGCGUCCUCAUCAUCUUCAUCUAAACAGUCGUGGCUGCUGCGCCUGUUUGAGUCCAAGCUCUUUGACGUUUCCAUGGCAAUCUCCUACCUGUACAAGUCCAAGGAGCCGGGCGUUCAGGCAUACAUCGGGAACCGUCUCUUCAGCUUCCCCGACACCGAGGUGGACUUCUACCUGCCCCAGCUGCUGAACAUGUACGUGCACAUGGACACCGAGGUGGGGGACGCUAUCAGACCGUACCUGGUGAGUGUUGCCAUGACAACAGAGAUCUAAUGCUUGACCACGGGUUCAUGGUUUGAGGUUUUGAUUUACUCUGACGGGGUGAACAGCUAAACCUGACCAGCCCUCAUCUGGGGUGUCAAAGUCCCACCAAAGGGACACUGGGGGUCUUAUGUCUGGACUGGUGAGGAUCCCUGAUGGUCCGGUUCUUUAACCUUUUGGUUCCUGAUAAUUUGAAGUUCCAUCCAGCCUACUUUGUCCACAAAACAGACAUGCAGAGAAGUGUUCUUAAAAUAAUCAUUUUUUAACAUUUUUUCUGACUUUUUUUACUCUAAUCUCUUAAACGACUUCAGCCCUAACCAUUAAAUAAGUAGUGAACACAGAAUUGGAUGUAUUACCCUUUGUGCGCCGUGUCAUAUUUAUUGAUGAAGUGUGCGUUCUAAACAGCUAAGGAUAUUGGAGCGAAAAAACACUCCAUUUUCACCUCCUUUUUUUGAGUCUCAUCCUUUACCAAAUCAAAUGUGAUCGAAUUCAUUUGUUCAUAUUAAAUUAAUUAUAUAUAUAGGCAUAUAAAAUCAGAAAAUAUAUGUAAGAUGUGAAUCAUUUACAAGUGAUUAUCCACCUCUAACCAAAAUAUGACAGCGAUUACGCUGAUAGCGCACAUAUAAAAAAAUAAAUUUGAGAUGUGAUAUCUUCUCACCUAAUGAUCUGAAGGACCUGUUCAUCCUCAUGCAUGUCCAUCCACUCGCUCUGAAGUGAGGGCAAAGUUGAAAUUGUCCAAAUGUCCCCCUCUCUUUGUCCCACACUGUAGAACUUGGACGUCAGAUUUUCGACUGUAAAAACUCAGCUCACAGCACUCCCGGUUAUAAACAUACAGAUUUGCACCCAUACACACACACUCAGCAGUACACAAACUUAUCCCUACACACAUAUCCCACCCUUAGACAUCCAUAUCUAGUGGCAUGUAAAGUUUCAUUCAUUUCUGAUGAUGUUCAGUGGAUGAAUCAGCGCUUCAAACACUCUCAGUCCAUGAAUGAAGACUAGCGUGCGCGGCACUGAAGGGGUUAAAAUGAUGUGCUGGCUUAAUCUGUUAUAUCACUGUCAGAAAGUCAAAUUUAGAGCCCUGGUGAUCGACUGGCUGCAAAAAAAGAGGUUGUAAUACGUUGUUAUGGUGCCAUAAACAUACGGUCAAAAAACGUGUUUUUAGUGAAAGUCUGCUGUCCGAUUUACGGACAAAGGAGGGUGGGUGGAGCUAAAAUGUGACGACAGAGAACGACAGGUGACACAGAGUUUGUUUUUUUUAAUAUGAAGAAAAAUAAGAACUGUGACCAAAUUUGAUGACCCAAUCUUUAAAAAUGUGACUGUCAGCUCAAAAUAAAGAUGAAAAAAUGACAAAUGUCCUCAAAACGGACAGAGUAGGAACCGAGGGUUAGAGAAAGGCAAAACCACCACUAGUGGUUUAUGAAGACCUGGACGGGGACUUCGAGGUCAGGUCUAUAAGUCCUGGCUUAGAGGACUGGGUGGUGAGGGUCAGUUUAGAAGACUAAUGGAAUGGAGGUUCUGAGUGUCUAGAAUCAGGGUCUUUUCAGAACUUUGGGGGGGGAGGUCAUGCGUCAUGUACUGCCACAGGGUUCUGGUGUUGGACCUAAUCCUUUGUCCUGGUUCUUUUUCAGAUCCACCGGUGCCGUGGAGGCAUCACCUUCUCUCUGCUGACGGCCUGGCUCCUGGGGGCCUACUCCUCCGACAUGCACAUCUCCACCCAACGUCACUCCAGAGGAACCAAACUCCGAAAACUCAUUCUGUCCGAUGAGCUCAAACCUUCGCAGGAAGUUCCCAGAUCAGCUUCAGCCUCCGUGUCUGAAAGCCCGGCGUCCUCGCCGUCACAUCGUCGCUGUCACCGCAGACACAACAGCAGUAAUGUGGAGUCCUCGCCGUCCUUCUCGAUGCCGGGUCCUGUCCCCAAGAGUCCUGAACCUGUAGAGCCGGAGGUGUUUGUGUCUCCGUCCAGAAGAACCCAUCAGAGAUCCAAGUCAGACGCCACCACAGCGAGCAGCGGGUCCAGUUCUGGGCUCCGUCGGACGGGGAGUAACCCCAAAGUGGAAGCUGUCCAUGAGGAGGUAAAGAUACGAGUCUUUAGUUGGUCCUCUUCUUUUUUGUCUCACCAAACAGAGUCCAUCACAGAUCCACUGAAAGGUCGUAUCCACCGAUCGUAGCUGAUCGCAACCAAAGUUAACGUGUCAAUUUCCACCGCAUUCUUUCCGUUCCUCUGUGGAUCGCCGGACUCCACAACUGAUCGCAAGAGUUCUAUUUUUUCCAGACGCCGGAGUCGGGCACAGACAAAAAAUGUAACAUCCGUCUUCUUUUCAAAAUAAAACACUCCGUGUUUCACGCAGAUCAUAUUGUACACCAUGCAAACGAGCGGGGACGAACAAGUGAAAGGUUUUUAGACGUUAUUUCACCCCGAUGACACCAGGGAUGAGGAGAUGCUGAUUCUAGAAGUCUAGAAGUAGAUUUCCUCCUCUGGAAGGACACAAUCUACUGCUUAUAUGUCUAUGUGUCUGUCUUUAUAGCGACAACUCAUUAUCGCGUGAUUGAAUGUGAAUCCUCUGGUUCUUGUGAGUUCUCACGAUUCCAGCUGUCCGUAAUCUGCCAUGAAAUUCCCCUCACAAAUGGAUCCUGUAGGAAUUGGCGGACGGCGAAAAUCGCCACCGCUCCGGGUGCGGUGAAAAUUGGGGGUGAGGCUGAAUCAGCACCUGAAAAUCAGGGCAUCACAUCUUUGACUUAAGUUUUUUGUUGUUGGAAGUGAAACUUUUGAUCUUAAACAGGCACUUCAGAAAAACGGUCUCUAAAGAGUCCUAAACAGACCAGGACCUGAAGAGUCCUGCUGCUGAAAUCAGAAAACACGUCUCUCAUGUUUAACCUGUCGUACAAAAACCAGAGUGUGUGAGUGUUUGUGACGCGUUCACACAUACAUCAUAUAUGUCCUGACUUCAGGAACACGGUGUACGGACCCGAUGAUCGGGUCUGAUCGGAUUUCUCCCUGCAGGCGAGGUUUUUUUUUGUUCCAAGAGACAAAUUAUUCAUCUCAGAUCUUAUCGUCUCUUCUUUCCCCCUUUGUGUUUUUCUUCCUCUCUCUCUCUCUCUCUCUCUCUCUCUCUCUCUCUCUCUCUCUCUUUGUUCCCUCACUCUCCUCAGUCAGACACACAUGUGGACUUGAAUGACACCUGAGCAGGUACAUCAGCUCUUUAAAUUCAUGAACCCUCACCUGUUCAUUGCAGUUAUGGGGGGGGGUUGGGGGCAGGACGAGCCUCCGCCAUCUUUGUUAUCUCAGGUUUUUGAAGACACGGGUACUAGAAGUUGCCGUGAGGUGUGACACCAGAACCUACAAAAUUCUCUUAGACCCAUCCCCUGAACCCAACAGGAGGUCAAGAUGUGAAGUUCUGACCCGUGUCUGCCUGAGGACUUGCAGCUCUAACUCGUUCAUGUUUUCUAGAACUCUUACAGAAGGUCAUCUGCCUGCAGACCUACAGGUGACGAGUGAGCUGUGGGGGGGUAAGACCGUUUCCCUGAUGGGUUUGGAGGUUCAAGUUUGUCCCCAACCUCACGGUUCCUGUGAGCUGGUUUGGUUUUUCUAUCUGGUCUUAGUCUGGAUUCAGACCGCUUUUUGUCUGGUUUCAGUCUGGUUUUAGUCUGGUAUCCGUCUGGUUUUAGUCCGGUAUUUGUCUGGUUUCAGUCUGGUUUUAGUCUGGUUUUAGUUUGCUACCAUCUGUUUUUACUCUGGUUAUAGCCUGUAAUCAGUCUAGUUUUAGUCUGGUAUCAGUCUGUUUUUGGUCUGGUUUCAGCCUGGUUUUAGUCUGGUAUUGGUCUGGUGUUGGUCUGGUUUCAGUCUGGUUAUAGUCUGGUAUCAGUCUGGUUUUACUCUGGUUUUAGCCUGAAAUCAGUCUGGUUUAAGCCUGGUUUCAGUCUGGUAGCAGUCUGUUUUUAGUCUGGUUUAGUCUGGUAUCGGUCUGGUUUCAGUCUGGUUUAGUCUGGUAUCGGUCUGGUUUAAGUCUGGUUUCAGUCUUGUUUUAGUCUGGUAUCGGUCUGUUUUUAGUCUGGUAUCGGUCUGGUUUUAGUCUGGUAUCGGUCUGGUUUAAGUCCGGUAUCCAUCUGGUUUCAGUCUGGUUUGAGUCUGGUUUCAGUCUGGUUUCAGUCUGGUUUUAGUCUGGUAUCCUUCUGGUUUCAGUCUGGUAUCAGUCUGGUUUUAGUUUGUCAUCAGUCUGUUUUUAGUCUGGUUUAAAUCUAGUAUCAGUCUGUUUUUAAUCGGGUUUGAGUCUGGUUUGAGUCUAGUUUUAGUCUGGUGUUGGUCUAGUUUUAGUCUGGUUUUAGUCUGGUUUAAGUCUGGUUUCAGAUUGGUAUUGGUCUGCCUUUAGUCCGGUUUCAGUUUGGUUUUAGUCAGGUAUCGGUCUGAUUUUAGUCAGGUAUCCGUCUGGUUUCAGUCUGGUUUUAGUCUGGUUUUCGUUAGGCAUUGGUCUGUUUUUAGUCUGGUUUCAGUCUGGUUUUAGUCUGGUUUCAGUCUGGUAUCGGUCUGGUUUUAGUCUGGUAUUCGUCCGAUUUCAGUCUUGUUUUAGUCUGGUAUCGGUCUGGUUUUACUCCGGUAUCCGUCUGGUUUCAGUCUGGUUUUAGUCUGGUUUUAGUCUGGUUUCAGUCUGGUAAAUGUCCAGUUUUAGUCUGGUUUUAGUCUGGUUUCAGUCUGGUUUCAGUCUGGUUUUAGUCUGGUUUUAGUCUGGUUUCAGUCUGGUUUUAGUCUGGUUUCAGUCUGGUAAAUGUCCAGUGCUAGUCUGGUUUUAGUCUGGUGUAUUUCUGGUUAAAGUCUGGUUUCAGUCCAGAACCAGUCUGUAGCCCGGAUCAGUCCUGCAGAAGUCUGUCUGAGUGAAAAGAGGUAAACCAGAGUCUGUGUGGGUGUUGAGAGUGUGUUGUCACAUUCUUGGCCGGGGUUCAGUCACGUGUGGAGCAAAGCUCUCUCCCUAUUGGCCGGGAGCCAGGCACAGGGUGCAAUGUGAUUGGCUGAGGGCCGAGUUUGGUUCGUCCUGCAGAGAGAGAAACAGAAAAAGGAGAGAAAAACUUCUGCUUUUCAUUUUUCUUCCCGGUCAUCAAAAAUUCUGAGGAGAGGGAGGUGGAGUAGGAGGAGAAGAGGGAGGAGGAGGGGGAGAAGAAAGAAGAGGAGGAGGAGGAGAAGAAAGAGGAGGAGCAGGAGAAAGAGGAGAGGAGGAGAAGGGGAAGGAGUAGGAGGAGGCCAUUCAGACAGCUGUUCUCCUGCUGCUGACCUCCUAAUAAAGUGGAUCUCUGUGACUCAGAAAAACCAGAUCAGCUGGUUCUGAAAGUAAAAAAUCUAAAAUCACUUUUUAGACUUUGAAGAAAAUUUGAAGAUCGAAGAUCUGCGACCAAACCCUAAAAUAAAGUGGAGCUGAAGAAGAAAAGUCAGACUCUGAUUGGCUGUCAGUGAUCACACAGCUGGUCACAUGAUUCAUCCUGUUCGCUCAGAUCUCUGAAUGUAGGGGGCGAGCUAACGGUGCGAUGACAUCAGUUUGACUGUUCUUUUUGUUUUCAUGUUUCAUGUUUCACUUUUUAAUGUCAUUUGUUUAACCGAUAAGGUUUUGUUUACAAACAGACAGCCAUGAUGGGUAACUUAAUAGUCACCGCCGAGCGCGUCAACACCAAUGUGCAUCGGACUUUAUGUGAUCCGUUUGCAACCCCGACCACAUGAUCCAGGAUUGUUAGUCCAACAAUGAGGACUUUGGUUCAGUGUGAUUCCACUCAGACUAACAUGUUUUUAAAAGUCGAACUAAAACAAUUAAUCAAUUUUUUUUGUCUUUUACAAAUUAAAUUAUUUCGAGGGUCCGUCUGUGACUCAUAUGACCGUUCUGUAAAAACAGUGAAAUGUCCCUUUAACAGAUCCCUUCUCCUCUUCUUCUUCUGGUUAAUUUUUCAUGUGUGAACUCGGUCAGCGCAGAGGGAAAACAGAUACCUGACUCCUCAGAGUCCCGCUGGAGUGUUACCGCGGCAAAGGAGGGGUGGAGGUGACGGGGAGGACAGGAGGAGGAGAGGACAGGAGGAGAGUGAGAGGAAGGGGGGGAGAGGAGGAGGAGAGGAGAAGGACUGGAGAAGGAGAGGAAGAGGACAGGAGGAGUAGGUGGAGAAAGAGGAGGAGAAGGGGAGGAAGAGAGGAGGAGGAGGUGUGAAUUCAGACACUGCAGACAGAAAUCAACAGAAACUACAACAGAGAGUUCAGACGUCAUCAGAACAUGCAAAUAUGGCGGAUCAGAACCUUUAAAGGUUCUGACUGAUCUGGUCCCUCUCAGGUUUCCGUGUCUGCAGGAUCCAGUUUUGACUGAUCCGGUCCCUCUCAGGUUUUCGUUUCUGCACGAUCAGGUUCUGACUGAUCCGGUCCCUCUCCGGUUUCAGUCUCUGCAGGACCAGAUUCUGUUCUUUACUCUGAGUUUCUCUGGUUUGUUUCCGUCAUUCUGAUCUCUAAACUCGUCCUUUUUUUUCUUUCGGUAGAAUCUGGGUCAUGUAAACAUCAUCCUCAUCUUUGAUUUCCUCCCAAAACGACUAAAACGUUUCCAUGUGUCGGCCCACGGGCCUGAACCCUCCUCCUCCUCCUCCUCCUCCUCCUCCUCCUCAGUCCUGGUUCUGGUCCAGGAGGGUCCAGGAGGAGGAUUUAAACCCUGUGAUGAAAACUCAGACUGUUUACGGGUUUACAGUCUGAUGUCGGUUUUAAAAGUGCUGCGUUAUUUGAGUUUGAAACGUUGUCAUUUGGACCCAAACUCACACCGACCCGGUUCUGUCCAAUAAAGAUGAUCAAUAAUAGAUCUGACAGAUUAAUAUUAUGAAGAUCAAUAAACAGUGUUUGACUGUAUCCUGUGAAUAUCGAAACGUCUGCGUGGAGUCGUGUUUACAUGGAGUCAAGCAGAGUGUGUCGAUAUAUGUGGAGAUGCUAUGCCCUCUGCUGGAGAAACUGUGAACUUCAGCUAAUGUCUCAGACCAGGAAGUGUCAAAUAAUCUGUCAGAUUAGGGGCUGCUGGUCUAGUGGUCUAAAAGGAGGUCAAGUCCUGAGUGAGGGGCUCAGGUCUAAGCAGACUGGUUUUAUAAAAAGGAUCAGUUUUCUUCUAAAGAUCUAAAAAUAAAGAAUCAUCGUUGAAAUAAGUAAUGAAGAAGAAACACAGAGCGGGGAAUAAAACAGCGACAUGAAAAAGUCUGUGAGAGGAAGAAGCUCUCAGACUCUUAGGAACAUCCUCCACCCUGCAGACCUCUGUCAUGCUCACAGUGUCCUAGUUCACUAAAAUCUUGUCUCUCUCGUUGUUUCAGCCGGAGCGUCUGCGCCCUCAGCGGGAGUUUGUCAAGUCUCUGCUCUGCAUCGGGAAGCGUUUGGCGACUCUGCCGACCAAAGAGCAGAAAACUCAGCGCCUGAUCUCCGAACUCUCGCUGCUCAACCACAAACUGCCGGCGAGAGUGUGGCUGCCCACCGCCGAGCACCAGCACCACGUCUGCAGGAUCCCACACACUCAGGCCGUGGUGCUGAACUCCAAGGACAAGGUGAGACACACAAACACACACACACAAAGACGUGUUCUCGAAUGUUACUCGUGUUAAAAACUGUUAAAAUCAGUUAAUUUUAAAAUUUAACAGAAUUUAAAUAAACAGCUGUCCUGUCUCAGAGUAACUCUCCUCCUCCUCCUCUUCCUCUUUUCCCCCUUCUCCUUCUCUGCUUCCUCCUUCUCCUCCUCCUCAGGCCCCGUACAUCAUCUACGUUGAGGUGUUGGAGUGUGAAAGCUUCGAGACGUCUCCAGUUCCGGUCCGAAUUCCGGAGACAAGGAUCCGCUCAGCUCGCUCUGCAGAGAACCUGGACUGCGGCGUUGGCGUCAUGGUGGCGAACGCUAACAGCACGAUGACGUUAGAGCACCGAGCAGGAAGCUUCUCCACCGUCCAGAACUACGACAACGACGAUGAGGCGUGGGCCACCGACGACAUCGGACAGCUGCAGGUGGAGGUGAGACUGAGAGUCACUUAAGAGUCGCUAAAGAGUCCUUUUUAAAGUCCUUAUAAGUCCUUAAGAGUCCUUUUAUAGUCCUUUUCGAAGUCCCUUUAGAGUCCUUUGAGAGUCCUCGAUACAGUCCAUUUUACAGUCUUUUCAAAGCCCUUGAUGAAGUCCUUUUUACAGAUCUUUUAAAGUCCUCUUUAGAGCCCAUUUGGAGUCGUUUAGAGUCCUUUUUAAGUCCCUGUAGAGUCCUUGUAGAAUCUUUUGAAAGUCCUUUUAAAGUCUUUUGAGUCCAUUUAGAGUCCUGUAGUCAUUUUAAGUUCUUUUGAAAGUCCUUUAGAAUCCCUUUUAGAGUCACUUAGGGGUCCUUUUUAAAGUCCUUUUUUAGGGUCCUUUCUACAGUCCUUUUAAAGUGUUUUUAAGAGUCCUUUUCAAAGUCCGUUUAAGGCGUUUAGAGUCCUUUUUAAAAUCAUUUGAGUCCUUUUCAAAGUCCUUUUUAGAGUCCUUUUCAAGUUCUUAUUAGAGUCCUUUUCACAGUCCUUUUAGAGUCCUUUUAAAGUCAUUUUAGAGUCCUUUUUUAUGUCCUCUUAAAGUCCCUUUUUAAAGUCCUUCUUAAAGUCCUUUUAAAGUUCUUUGAAAGUCUUUUAGAGUCCUAAUUAAAGUCAUUUUAGAGUCCUUUUAAAGUCCUUUUACAGUCCUUCCCAGAGUCCUCAGUCUCUUUUUUUUUUUCCUCUCGGUGGCGGUCCAGGCCGAGGCUCAGACCAGCAGCAGUGACAACAUCAGUCAGUUCUCAGUGGACUCCAUCACCAGUCUGGAGAGUAAGGAACCGGUCUUCAUUGCCGCAGGAGACAUCAGGUACAGAAACACUUAUCGGACCGUUGGAUCAUAAACAGACAGUUCUGUGUCUCUUAUAAGCUGAUCUCUGUUGUGGUCUGUUCAGACGGCGUCUGUCAGAGAACCUCGCUCACACCCCUACCACCUUCAAGAGGGACCCUGAGGACCCCUCAGCCGUGGCCCUCAAAGAACCCUGGGAGGAGAAAGUCAGGUGAGCCGGGUCCACCUGUAGGUUCUAGACAUACCUGGUCUGGGCUCUCUCUGCGUUUUCACAGCUGUUACCAUGACAACCGCUGACACCUCUACACAUGGCGUCUGUUAACUGAUGAGAGGACGGUGCAGUUCAGGAUGUGUGUGACCUCUGACCUCCGUCUGUGUUUGUGUCUCCAGGAGGAUCAGGGAGGCGUCUCCUUACGGUCACCUGCCAAAUUGGAGGCUGCUGUCUGUCAUCGUCAAGUGUGGAGACGACCUGAGGCAGGAGCUGCUGGCCUAUCAGGUCCUCCGACAGCUGCAGGUAUGCACACACUCACCUGUGCACACCUGGAAAGAACCUGAACACACCUGGAGAUACCUUGGAUAAUCAUUUGUGUCUGUAGAUCUUUGAAGCUAAACUUUCAUUAUUGUAGGACAGUUUCAGGGUUUGGACCGAUAAAUGAUGAUUAAUGGUGAUUAUUGAUAACUGAUCAUCAAUAAUGGUUAUUAAUAAUUACUGAUAAUUAUUGAUGAUAAUUAAGGAUGAUAAUUCAUGAUAACUGAUAAUUAUUGAUGGUAAUUAAUCAUAACUGAUAAUAAUUGAUGGUAAUUAAUGAUAUCUGAUAAUAAUUGAUGGUAAUUAAUGAUAACUGAUAAUUAUUGAUGGUAAUUAAUGAUAAUUGAUAGUUAUGGGUGAAAAUUAAAGAUAACCUGUAAUAAAUGAUUUUUGAUAACUGAAAAUUUUUGAUGAUAAUUAAUGAUAACUAAUAAUAAUUGAUGGUAAGUAAUGAUAACUGAUCAUUUUUUAUCAUAAUCAGUGAUAACUGAUAAUUAUUGAUGAUCAUAAUUGAUAACUGAUAAUUAUUGAUGGCAAUUAAUGAUCACUGAUAAUUAUGAAUGAUAACUAAUGAUAUCUGAUAAUUAUUGAUGGUUACUAAUAAUAACUGAUAAUUAUUGAUGGUGAUUAAUGGUCACUGAUAAUUAUGGAUGAUAAUUAAUAUUACCCGGUAAUUAUUGAUGGUAGGUAAUAAUAACUGAUAAUGGUUGAUGAUUAUUGGUAGCUGAUAAUUAUUGAUUAUAAUUAAUGAUAACUGAUAAGUGAUUGUUAUUAAUGAUAACUGUUAAUUAUUGAUGGUAUUCAUUGAUAUUUGAUAAUUAUUGAUGAUUAUUGAUCACUUAUCGAUCUGAAAUGAUGAUGACUACUCUCUGUGAUCUUCAGUCCAUCUGGCAGCAGGAGCGAGUUCCUCUGUGGAUCAAACCCUACAAGAUCCUGGUCAUGUCCUCAGACAGUGGCAUGAUCGAACCAGUCCUCAAUGCCGUCUCUCUGCACCAGGUAACUAUGGCAACAGAUCAGAUCUGUACCGUGAAGUCAGAGUACGGCAAUAAAGAUCUUAGUAAUCCUGCAGGUAAUCGAUGAUCGAUGUAUUGAUUGUGUUGACGUUUUCGUGGUCAGGUGCGUAAGCAGAGCCAGCUGUCGCUGCUUGACUACUUCCUACAGGAACACGGCAGCUUCACCACCGAGGCAUUCCUCACGGCUCAGAGGAACUUCGUCCAGAGCUGCGCCGGGUACAGCCUCAUCUGCUACCUGCUGCAGGUCAAAGACAGGUAAGACACGAUCAUUCCGUUUAUGACUCCGCCCACAUCAGGUCACCUCGGUGCUCGCUGCUGAUUGGCUCAUGUUGUGCUCUGAUCCGACCCCGCAGACAUAACGGGAACAUCCUGCUGGACUCUGAGGGACACAUCAUCCACAUCGACUUUGGCUUCAUCCUCUCCAGUUCCCCCAGAAACCUGGGCUUCGAGACCUCGGCCUUCAAACUCACCUCAGAGUUCGUGGACGUGAGUGAGGGGUGGUCUGAGGUUUCCAGGUAUGGAGGUCAAAGGUCAGACUGACAGGUGUGUCUGUGUUUUAGGUGAUGGGCGGUCUGGACGGAGACAUGUUCAUCUACUAUAAGAUGCUGAUGCUUCAGGGUCUGAUCGCUGCCAGGAAACACAUGGAGAAGGUUCUUCAGAUCGUCGAGAUCAUGCAACAAGGUAAGAAACCCUCUGAUUGGUUCUGGUCUCCUCACCUGUUCAGACCUCUUCUCUUUUGACACCAGGGUCCUCAUUUAUCAAGCGUGCGUAGAAAAGGUUCUAAAUUCUGUCGUAGGAAUGAAAUUUCGAAUGUGUGUAAGAACAAAAAAUCUGUAUUUCUCAAACAUGCUGCCACCGGUCGUAUGCACACUAGUAAGUAAUCGCUGAUGAUAAAUCCCACCUGCACUACCGCGCUCGUUCAUGUUUAGGGUCAUUUGCAUUCAGAAACGCCUCCAAUUGACCAUAUAUGGUAUCAACAAUCCCUUUUAAAUCGCCUGAAGGAGUCGUGUGUUCCUCCAACGUUUAACAGAUCCAUAUGUGCAUCUCAGAUUAUUGAUCACUGAUUGAAUGAAAUCCUUUCUUUUGACAAAACAGUAUUUAUUGCAUGAAAGUGCUUUUAUUUUGAUGUCAAUUAAAAGUUAAAAUAAACAAAAAAACACUGACUGAAACUACCAGGUUACAGUUAGCCGGCUGUGUAGUUUGCAUAUACACAUGAAAAAUGUACAUUACACUUUGGCAGCAUUUUCAUGUACAUACAUUUAACAAUACCUUUGUAGCCUGAGCCUCAGGCUGACAUAUCGCCACAAUAAAUAGUGAAAAGUUCAUAAAAGGAUUCACAGGAGCUUCAACUAACAGUUUACAACCAGGCGCCGCCAUCUUUAAACAUCAACUCAGGGGCUGUGUUGAUCGUCCGACUUUCCGAGUCGGAAAUCCAACCUCGAUGUUCGUUCUAGUUGAAAGUUCCGACGCGGAGCUCUUAAAUUCCGUCCUCCGAGAACAGCUGGAACGCACCAUGCAGCUCUAAUUAUGUUUGGGAAUCCGGCAAUGACGUGAAAUCCUUGUUUUAUUUCAACUUGUUGUUGAUGUGUGUUUGGGAACUGGAUGUAAGUUGAGAGAAAUUAUUGAAUCCAACUCUGCUGACAUGAUUCUGCUUAGCGUUGGGUGUAAAAUGUCGUAUACGUCUCUGAUCUCAGGCUGAAAUGUUCGGGUUAGGGUGGACAGGAGCUGGAUGGUCACUGGGAUGGCUUUGGUGCGUUUUGUCUCUCGCUCCAACACGGGUUGUAAAUUACGGCAUCUUUAAAUAUAUAGAAAUAAAACAAACAAAAUUCAGUAGUGACUGUAUUGCUGUGUUCAUUUAUUAUCAAUAAAACAGAGGCCAGGGGCAUUCAGAGAGUGGUUAAGCCUUAACUUCCUAAAACUGGAGCUGUGUGGCGCUGCAGUGUUAGUCGUCCUUUUUUGACGAACAAAGAAAAACUUGUAUAUCCGUUUCUUCGAUGCUCACCGUCGAGUCCGCCUUCCACUGCGCCAGGUCCGUUGAUGAAUAUUUGAAGUUUAACUCGGUAAGCAGCCCGCCCCCCUUUACCAGUAAUUGGGGAACACGUUGCCUUUGAUCGAUUGGAUUGGUUGGAUUGAUUGAUAUGCCAAGAUAGAUGGGAUUAACUGAAGAUGACUACUCUGACGAAAAAAAACAAACCCCAAAUCAAAUUAAUGGAAAAUUUUACUUUUAGCCCAGGGCGGGCACGGCUCCCCAAUGCCCGCCCAUGCCGCCAGGUCUGGUUAGGGUUAGGGUCCUCCAAUAACGCAGAAUAUGCCAUGAUACUUGUAUUUGUACUUGUAUUUGUGCUUGUAAGACUUCUUCUGAGGUUGUCCUGUAACAGCUGAUUUUAUAGUUUGUCACAUGAAUCAUUCAAAAUGUCUGAUCAAUAACUAACUGAUCAAUAUUGUACAGAGUGAACAGAGAACAUGUGUGAAAUUUGAGAUUGCUAAACGCUGUGACUCCUUUAAUGGGUUCUAGUUGUAGUUUCACUGUUCUACCACUAGGGUUUGUGUGUAAACAUGCUCAGAGUUGGGCUUAAAUUUACUCACGUUCCUAAGAACAAGUACAAUUCCAGGUUGAUCAAUUCUAGACAUUACGUGGGAAUGUUCGUACAUACUUAUUACGAAAACACAUCUGUACGAAUGCAUGGUUGAUAAUUAAGGACCCUGGUCUUAUUUCUAGUCCAGAGUUUCUCCUCCGUUCAGGUCUUUGUUCAGACCUCCUCGUCCUGACCUUUACCUCCUCUGUCUCUUUAGGAUCCCACCUCCCCUGUUUCCACGGUUCCAGUACCAUCCGGGGUCUGAAGGAGCGGUUCCACAUGUCCCUGACGGAGGAGCAGCUGCAGGUCCUGGUGGAGCAGCUGGUGGACGGGUCCAUGCGCUCCAUCACCACCAAACUCUACGACUCCUUCCAGUACGUCACCAACGGCAUCAUGUGACCUCCAAGACGCUCACGGUGCCCCCCUCCCCCCGCAGACUCUGAGGGUCGGACUUUGACAGACUGCAGAGUCCAGACCGGAUCAGUUCUCAGUUCUCAUCUCAUCCAUCCUCUAAGAUCAGUUUGGGUUCUGGAGGAGAAAAUCAGCUGAUCAGAUAUGGACUUGUACUGAGUUCAUGGGCGGCUGGGAAAAACCAGAACCAUCAAAGACCAAAGAGGUCAUCAGACUUUGGAUUCUCCUGGUUCUUGUUUGUUUUUAAUUUCUCAGACUCGUUUAAUCAAAAACCUCAAAUUUUGACUGGACCUGACUGGAUUUAUCCAACCAGCACACAGAGCUCGGUGAACCGAGUGUUUCAUGUUUCGUGUUUGAAUGAUGAAGGAUUCAAAAGAUGAGUGGACUCCAGUCUACAGAGUCCAAGUCUGAGUCAUGUUCGUCUGGUUUUAUUUAAUUUAAACUAAAAAAGAAGAAGCACAGCUCGACCCGGAACCCGACAGAAUCCUAAAAUUAGCCCGUUUGAGUCCAGUUUUCCUGCUAGGUACAGAAGAUCCAAAACACCUGAAGGGACAGGAUUUUGUUAUUUUUCUUUCUUUAGAAAACCCAAAAAAAACAGACUGAAAGUUUAAAUUUGAAAAAAUCGACUGAGCCUUUUUUUUCAUCUGAAAUUCUCCACGUGUCGAGUUUUCACUGAUUUCACCAGAAAUUUAUCAACAAAGUUAAAAAAACAAAAACUGAUUCAGAGUUUAAAGGGAUAUUCUGGCGUAAAGUUAAUUUAGGGUCAAAUACACCGUAACACAGAGUUAGACACCCCCUCCAGAGAUGAAUGUUGCCGACCACUUGCUUCUCUAGUUAUACCAACUUUAGUAACGACCGCAGGAUAGCAAUACACAGUGGUCUGAGGAGCCAUAAACAUACCUCAACCAAAACACCACUCUAUAGCCACAAAUAAAACUCAGAACUGCACCUAACUUCAUCAACAGUACAUAUAGGGUCUAUAUUUUUAUUUUUUUUAUUUUUUUACCAGUAGGAGGAAACUUGGUCAGAGUGAAAAGUUCCUGGUGAAUCAUUGAAAAUUCUUCACGUCUUCUUAUCAUUUUAUCGAACCAGCAUGUUUUUCUGCGGAGUCAUUUAAAUUUUUUGAAUUUUUUUUUUUUUAAAAAGGUCCGCUUUAAUUUCAGAAGAAUUUUAUUUGUCGAGUUUCCGUCGACUGGAUCAGUUCAGGCGAAAGACACCAACGUUAUCAAAACUCCACAGUGUUCAGUUUAAAGGUUUACGCCGUCUGGGUUUUCCUGCACCACCGGUUUCCGUUUCCAGGCAGACUCUCCCCUCUGCUCCAGGUUGAGUCAAAAUGGCCGCCAAGUCAUGAACAAAUUAUCGCAAAAUUGUCGUCCUCCAUGUUUUUCUCUGUACAUCUGUGUGAACUCUGACCUGUUUGCAUAUUUAACAAACGCUCGACACUCGUCCUCCCUGAUUGGCUCCUGAGAUACAUUCCUGUCAUUAACUCUAGCCAAUUAGAGGAGGCGGCUUGAAGACUAACGAGAGACUUCGACUUCUGUCUUUGACAGGAAGUUCAUUGUCUUCAUGAGGGCGAUAAUCUGUUUCCUAAAUAUGUGAAUGUUUCCUUUAUCUGUAAACGAAAAAUUGUGUGUUUGUUGGAGACGGACGUUAGCUCUGAAGGGUCAUGAUGUUAGCUAACGCUGUUAACACUAUCAGUGGCUUUAUUCCAGCGGACUAAACCUUUAAAUCACGUUUGGUUUGUAAAUAAAAAAACUGAAUAAUUAUCCUGUUAACGCCAAAGUAAUUAAGUAUUUUAUUGUCUACUGUGGAAAUCAUUUUUUAUAAGAUUAACGUUAUGAAGUAAGCAACUGUUAAUACUGCUAAUUUUGUCGGCUUGUCUACUGUUAGGCACGGUAAGUGGUUGGUUCCACGAGUGUAGCUUCCUUUUUGACCCUUCACUCAAAAACUCUCAAAAGUUAACUUGAAACAUCCCAUUAGAGCUAGGUUAGUUAGCUUACUAGCAGUGUUAGAGCUAAGGCUAGUUAGCUGGCUAGCAACAUUAGAGCUAAGGCUAGUUAUACGGCCAGCAAUGUUAGAGCUAAGGCCAGUUAGCUGGCAAGAUAGCUCAGUGCCAGUUAAUUAGCCGUUUAUUUGAAAUUUAAAAAAUGACCAAAAACAUAAAAACGUUUUACGACUAAUAAAUUCUGAGUCAGUGAAAACUAGCUUGCUAGCUAGUCUGCUGCAAUAAUUGUUUAUAUUAUUUGUGCGUAAUUUUCUUUUCCUCUUUUCAUGAAGUUUACAAAUGUUUCGACUUUUGCUUGAUUAGUUUUACGCUGACGCUUAAGCAGAUUUGGCUAACGAGCAUUUUCGCUGAGUCAUGCUAAUGGCUAAACACAUCAGCAGACGUGAGAUCUGACUACAUCCAUUUCCAACAAUUUUUUUGUACUUUUAAUGUUUGAUGUCGUCUCAGUGACUCAGCAGAAAUCUCAGCUAGCUCAUCAUAUUUUCGUGGAAUCUAAAGUUUUUAAUAGUUUUUAAAGGACGACUUUAAUUUGAAGUCUACUUCUUCGUCGUUACCCUGGAAUAAAGCCAGUUUUCGGUGUUGCCGUCACAGUUCAUAUCUGAGGGUUUUAGCGUUAUGACCACUAUUGAAGAAGCACAGAUCUGCUCACAUUACCGCCCGCUAACCUUUAGCUUGCUACCUAUUACGCCUCUGCGCUUCGUAAAGAUGCAGCUGAGACUACUGUUUACGAGAUAAGCGACUCAAAUGGCUAACAUCUUUGUUGCUCCUUGUUCCGUUUGUGAAUAUGUACGUAUGUAAAUGAAUUUGUUUCUGUAAGAAAAUUAGAUGCCUUGAGACGUACGAAAGGUACGAACUCUUAUCAAUGCAACCGAAGGGGUCAAAGACCUGAGAAGUGCUUUUCUACCCAACGUUUUACCACUUUAGGGGCGAGUUUUCAAACUUCACGUCUUCCUCUCCUGACGUUUAUGAGAGAUUUUAGUCAGACGCUUAGAAUCUCUGAUAGUCGUGAAAUCUGGAAUUAAAGAGCAGAUAAAAAACUUUACUGGGAACAUUUCGAUGUUCUGACUUUGUGGUUAACUGUAACUUUGGGCGAAAUUUAAAAGAACUUUAAAAACUUUUGAAAAACUUUUAAAAACUAGCUGCUCCAUCUGAGGUUUUUCAUGAAUCUGGAGAGGAAAAUGUUUGGGAAACUCGUCCCUGUUUUAAAAACCUUUCAUUGCCUUCUUUCUUCCUUCCAUCAGCUUGAACACAUUCAAGAAAUUCAAUGUGAAACCUCUUUUAAGUGCAUUUAUCCUGAAUGAAGAUGUUCUCUGUGGUUUGUAAAAGAUUCCUCCAUGUUUUUAACUUUAGUUGGUUCGAGACAUUUAACACUAAAUCCAUUAAAGCAGCAUGAGGACUCCUCACUCUGGUCUGACUUUAUUUCUCUUUAUUUCACUUUUUGGCGUUUUAGUAUCACACGCUAACGUUAUGAGACUAGUCAACAGCUGUCAUGAGUUUAAAAUGUUUAUUUUUUUCUCUACUUAGUGGUAUUUCUUUAAAAUGUCUUCUAAACAAAGAAAUAAAAUGAACACUUUUGUUUUUUCUCCUAUUUUUCAUGAGCUGAACUCAAAGAUCUAAAGACUUUUUCUUUUUCUCUCCAAUAUUGUUGACAAACUUGUCUAAAUCUGUGGCUGUGUCCGAAAUGGAUCCCUAAUCCCUAUAUGGGUAUAUAGGUGACUAUCUGGGGGUAAGCACCAUUUUGAGGGGUGUCCGAAACCUGAGUGAUCAAUUCCAAUGCCUCAUAUAGGCGACUUAAAAUUUCUAUAGAGCAUUGCAAAAUGUAGUGACCAUCCGAUGGUCACUCACCGGUGGUGGGCAUCCCAUCAUGCAUUGCGACUCCAGCGGCAAUUUAAAGACGGAGGAGCUACUGGCCAGGAGAUGGCGUAGUCUGACAAAGAAAACUACAUAAUAUACUCGUCGUCAUUGUUUUCUUCCACUUCAUCCAGGUCGGGGUCGUGGGGGCAGCAGCUUCACAAGGGAAGCCCAGACCGCCCUCACCCCAGCCACUUCCUCCAGCUCCUCGGGCGGGAUUCCCAGGCGCAACCAGGCCAGGCGAGAGAUAUAAUCCCUCCACCUGACAUGUCCGGAACACCUCUAACGGGAGGGGUCCAGAGGGCAUCCUAACCAGCUGCGUCAUAUCGUCUCUUGCACAAUACGACGCAGCAAACAACAUUCGGCACAAAAAUAUGAGGCCUUUUAAAUAAAUUAUUAAUUUAUUUUUAUUUUUUAUUUCACGAACAUCCUGGAAAAACAAAUACAUCUAUACAACAUCAUAAAAUAUAAGAGAUGUGAAAACAACAGCUGCAACUUCAGACGCGGCAGUCUGAGCAGUGACAUCACAACAGUGCGCCAUGUAGUGUCGGAAACCUCCGGUGAUUGAGCUCACUACGUAGGCUGUGUCUCAUUUCAGAGACCGCAUCAGAAUAAGCGCACUUAGCUGAGCGCACUGCCGGUAUGUGGACUGGAUUACCCUGGGUGAGAUGGGACACACUACCCUUCACAGGACUUCCUGGUUGAGUUGUCAAAUGUCCCCGCCCUCAGGCUCGUGUCACGACUGACUUGAAGAAAAGCUGCGGAGCGCAGCAGUUAUUUUUUAUUAGUGCGACCUUGCACAGACACAAAACAAUAGAUACAUACAAGCACAGAUCAUUCCCACAAAAUUCAUCCAAUGAUUGUUUUGCAUGGAGUAUGAGGGCCAUAUUGAGAAAUUUUUUUAAAGACUUCGAGUCGUGAAUUUACGAGAAUAAAGUCAUUAAUUUAUGAGAAUAAAGUCGUAACCUGUUAUUUCAGAGGAGAGUUGUUCAAAUUAGGGCCGUGAAGCAUUUAAAGGAACUGUGCUUCAGUAUAGGUUUGACAAACAAGGAGAUUCUUCAUCCUCUGGCACAUCAGCAUCACAUUGUCACAAGUCUAAAGACUUUAAAAAGAAUAUAUGAGAAAUACGUCUUUUCCACGGGGAAAGAAAAACAGGUGUACUUGGAGGAAAUUGCUGCUUUUGUGGAGGCAGAAAUGAAUAUGCUGAGGAUAUAUCUGUCAAUGCAGCCGUAAAUAGCCGUGAAUGACAUUGAGCUUUAGUUUAUGAUAUGAAUCCAUAUGCAGUAAUAAGGUGUUGGUGUCUCUGCAGGUGUAGGUUACUGCCGGUGUCAGAGACGUGGUGCUCGUCGGAGCUCGACUCCCUCUGGAUCACAAAUGUUGAUCAUCAUCAGUUGGAUUGUUUUUUUGAGAAACCACUAAAACUCUCUGAAUGACCCGCUGAUACAUCCACAGAUAACCCUGCAGAUGACCAGCUUCAGUCAUUUCCCCCUCCACAAAAGCAGCUUUAUGACUUUAUUUACUUUACGACUUUAUUCUCCUAAAUAUACAACUUUAAUCUCGAAGUCUUAAAAGAAAACACACAAAAAAAACCAAUGUUGUCCUGAUCCUCUGCUGUAGUUUUGUCAGCUUUCUUAUUUCUAAUGUUUUUGAUUGUUGAAGCAGAGCGGAUCAGUUCGUCUCUAAAUCUAUAAUGUUUGGUUUGCAGAUUUUAGUGAGUUCAGAGAUCAUGCGCUCAUGCAGCCUGAGCUGACUGUCUGCUGUUUUUGGAUUUCAUGUAAUUUCUUUGAAGACGCGCUGUGUCUCCAAGCGAAAUGUGCAGCUGUGCAGCGGCACGCAAGGAAUUCUAGGAUACCAACGGCACAAAAGCGUGCAUACAUGCACGCUUGAAAAAGGGGUGGGGGUAGUGUGGUUUUGAGACCGAAUUUGAAGCACGCUUAGCAUUUCAUGCCAAAUGUGACACCGUUCGCGCCGUGUGAUGACCUCACACACACUUCAAAUGCGCGGUUCGACGGUGCGGUCUCUGAAAUGAGAUACAGCCAUAGUCAGCUAUACAGUGAAACCCCAUAUGGGGGUUAGGGGUUAGGGAUUCAUGUUCAGUUCUGAGCCACUCCGGCUGCCUUGUUUCUUCAACCUCCCAGUAAAAUCAUAAAUCCAGGAACCAUCACAGUGACAGGAGCUAAAUCAAACUUCUGAUUGUCAGUGAUUCCACACGUCUUUGAACUCCUUUACUGUUUGUCAUGUGCCUGACCAAUCAAAUCAAACCUCAGCACACAGUAUGAUUUCGGAGAUUCAUUUGAUCUUUCCAAGCUUUAUCUUUUGUGAUUUUUUUUGUCAGUGAGACAAAGGUGGACACAUUCUGAACUUACAUUUGUUUGUUGUUUCCUCCUCCUCCAUUCACCCUCCACACUCUGUGGUUUGGGACGGCCUUCAAUAUGGUGAAGCCUCCGGGGGGACGCGCAAACGGAGGGGGAGUGUGUGGGGCGAGUGUUAAGGGGUCGGUUUAGGAUUGAGCCAGCCCAUGUUUGUGAACCGAGAUCACCCAUCCACCUCACAGGUGUGGCAGAUCAAGAUGCUGAUUAGACAGCCUGAUUACUGCACAGGUGUUCCUUGUUAGACUGGCCUAUAUAAAAGGUGAAGUCUUAUCACACAGCUCUGACUGUCACAGAGUUGAGAAGGAGCUGUUUGUCGUGAAUUUAAUGUUAAUUUCUCAACCCUAAGCCGCCUCUAAAGGCAUUUCAGAGAUUUUGUUUUUAUUUGUUCUGCUCAUGGCCAUUCUUUAAGCAUUUUCAUCAAUACAAAGGCCAUUUAACAAAUGUAGCACAGCACAUGACCAGAAGGGAGAAGGUAGAAGACAAAGCUUUUUUUACCUUACCCUCACUCAAAACAGAAAUAAACAAUAACAUAGGAUGGUCUGUCCACUUCAGGUUAUUUUCCUAUAGACGGCUUUCAAAAUCAGAAAAACACUAGCUGAAAUAUCCAUGAAUUUCACUCAAUUUACCAGGUUGUAAUGUUGUUUAGAUGUUUCUAAUAUCAGGAGCAGGGUCGUAAUGUUUGCCAAUUGUUUGUUUUGCCGAUUCAUGCAGUUUACAGCACAACAGCUCCUUGACAUUUUCUUUCUCCGUUGACUCUGCUAGUAAACAAAAAAAAAGUCUUUCUGCCCCAAGGCUGCGCGUGCAUACCUGCGAUGACGUUGCACAGAAACCUGUCUAUAACUUUACAAAAUAUUACAAUCACAUAAAUGGAAACAAACAAACAAAAGCAAAGUCAGCAUCAGAACAUAUGCAUAUCACAAAACACGACUCGUCAGCUUCAUAUUUUGUUCUUAUACUUUGUUUUAAACUGAAAUAUGUUUGUGCAGCCCUUUAAAUUAUUCUGUAGGGAGUUCCACAUUUUAACCCCGACCACGGAAAUACACGUCUGUCUUCAUGUUUUCCGAACAGCUUCAAAUUAAAUCUAUCUGUGCUCUUCAUCCUCUCAGGUGAAAAUAAACAUCUUUGGCAGGUUUUCAGGGGGGUAUUGCACAAAACCAAGAUAAGGGAUUAAGCCGGGAUAUGUGGAUUAUCCUGGCUGAACUUAGCCUCAAAUCGGUUGCAUGAAAGCAGGUCAAAUUUAACGUGGUCAAGUUACUAUGGUGAUUUAUUCUCUGCAGCUAGCCUGCUCCAGACCAGGCUAACAACUAGGCUAAGAUUAAUCCUAGAGCUCCAAUUCGAAUCAGACACCAGCAAGGUGGAGGCGGGGUACUGGUAUGGGCUGGUAUUAUUAAAGAUGAGUUAGUUGGACCUUUUCGAGUUGAAGAUGGACUUAAAAUCAACUCCCAAAUCCACGGCCA